AUGCUUUAGGAAAGGUUAAGAAACUUCAAAGAACUUCAGGCCAAAUUCCAGAAGCUUGAUGCCAUACCUCUUCUAGGACCUACUAAAUUCCCAGCAGGUGUUUCUCAGAAGAAUAAAAAAAGUGCACAGUCAACCCAGAUCUUGACCAAUGGGAAACCCUUCUCAUCCAACCACAAGCAGCCCUCGCCAUCUUGUUCUGGUGGGGAGUCCUGGACUCUUAAACCCCAGCAAAUGAAGUUACCCCAGAGGGGAGAAGUUCUGAAUGGUUGGAAUCCCCCAGGACCUCUGGGAAAGUCUGCAGUGUGUUCAGCAGAAAAUUCUCAGAAGGUUUCUCUGCUGGUAGAUGUGGACCAAUUCAGUUCUGGGAUGACUGAUGAGAAGGAAGCAAUGGGGGCCAGUAGCUUCAGAGACAAGCUUUGGAACUGGGAAAAGGUUUCAUCUCAGAAAAGUGAGAUGUCUUCAUCUUUUUUUCUUGUCAGUUGUGGAAAUAAGGCCUUCCAUCUGGAAGGGCAAAAAGAUACAGAAUUUACUCCAAAGGAACCCAGGAGAAAGGUGAAAACAGAUGGAUCCAAGACCCUUCCCUCCCGGAGGCAUUUGAGAGCACAAAGAAAAUCACUUACUGCCUCUGAAGGUGACUCUUUUCUACUUCAGCCUGGCAGGAAGAGCCAGGAAGAGCCCAGUCUUGAAAGGAGCUUGGGCAUCAGUCCCUGCCAGCCUGUCUUUGAGUGUGAGCUUGCCGGCCAGGCCCCAGAAAAACGGCCAAACACCAGACAUCGCCAACUUCCCAAAACUAAGCCAUUGCCUUCUGUGGAGUCUCUGGGUCCUCCUCCCCCGAAGCCUCCCAAGCCCCCUGCGGUGAACCUCCAGGUUUUCCGGAGACAGGCAGCUGCUGUUUCUGAGAUCCGAAGUGAAGUAAAAGUAGAAAUGGGAAAAUUAUCCCCAGAAUGGUUGUUCAAUGCUGAAUUUGAAGAACCACAUAAUUAUGAGGCGACAAUUUCAUAUCUGAGACACUCUGGCAACUCCAUUAACCUGUGCACUGCAGAAGAAAUCGCUGAUGCAACUUACGAAGUCAGACUUGAAGAACUCCAACAGCCUUGGAAGAAUGUGCCCCAUGAGGAACACAGCUCUGAAUAUGAGGACAAAGACAUGAAGGGAAAGGAGCCACGUGAAUUGGAAGCUCAAAAAACCAAAAAAGAUCAGCCUUCAAGCCAUCCUUUCAAGGUAGAUGCCUCUGAAGAGACACCUGGAAAAAUCCAGAUGAUCGGAAUCCAUGGAGACAGAAGCGGCAUGCUGGCUGGGCAGCAGGAAGCUGCGACUGAUGUCAACCAGAUGAAAGCCUGCUCUGGGGGCCCAAAGCUACCUGGUUACUCCCUAGGCUAUGGUGGCUACGUGGAGGCUGUGGAGGUGGCUAAGGAAACCCCAGAGCCAGGGGCCUUUCUGCCAAGUCCCAUUUUGGAGGACAUGUAUGAUGAUGUCGAGUGUCCCAGCAGAGAACGACCAAAGUCGGACUUCUCUAACUCCUUCAGCUCAGAGAGUGAAAAUCAUGAAGAAAUGUAUGAAGAUAUCUACAAAACAAAGAAUAGCUACUCAAUGAUGGAUUUAGAUGGAAAAGAAGCACUUAAAAGACUGCAGCGGUUCUUCCAGAAAGAAAAGGAGAGGUUUAAGAUGAAGAAAGCCAAGCCAAAGGAAAACAUAAGUGCAAUUUCCAUUUCGCUGCCUGAUUUAGAACUUAGACCUCAGGAAGUUAUUAUCUAUGAUGACGUGGACGUGAGUGCAAAAGAGACAAAAGAUGAAGAUAAACGGAAAACCUGGAAACCCAAGUUUUUUAUAUCAAAGGAAAAAAAGAAAAAAAGUGCUGAAGCAUCAGAAAGUUUUUCUCCCAGAAAUUUCUUCAGAAUUAAGAAGCAAAACUUAGAAAAGAACAGAAUAGAAAGAGAAGAGAAGCUUUUUAGGGAAAAAUUUGAGUACGACAAAGAGAUUGUUGUCCUCAACAAAGCAAUAGUGUGCUCCAAUAAUACAAGAAAUGGAAUAUUUGAUUUGCCAGUAACCCGUGGGGAAGAACUGGAAGUUAUUGAUAUUACUGAACAAAAUCUAGUGAUAUGUCGAAAUUCUAAAGGCAAAUAUGGAUAUGUGCUCAUUGAACAUCUAGAUUUCAAGUAA